UAAUGCCCCUGAAGGCGGGGAACGUGGCAGAGGCCGAGGCGGGUGCCGAGGAGUACAGCCCUGAAGAGUACGGCCGGGAGGAGCCGGGCGCCGAGAGGGAGAUGGAGGCCGGGCGGCCGCGGCCGGUGCUGCGCUCGGUGAGCUCGCGCGAGCCGAGCCAGGUCAUCUUCUGCAACCGCAGUCCGCGCGUCGUGCUGCCCGUGUGGCUCAACUUCGACGGCGAGCCGCAGCCCUACCCGACGCUGCCGCCCGGCACGGGCCGCCGCAUCCACAGCUACCGAGGUGCUGAUUCCCAUUUUACGCACGAGGAACUGAGGCCCCAGAGAGGUGGUGGGAGAUCCAAGUUGACGCUGCUAGUCACCUUUGGCUCUUCCGAGAUGCGGGGACAUAUGAUGGGCUUCUGGUUAACCAAACUGAACUCUUUGUGCCAUCUCUCAAUGUUGAUGGACAGCCUAUUUUUGCCAGCAUCACACUGCCAGAACCAACCUUAACAGACACGUCACUGAAGAAGAGCUACGGAUGGUAGCUAAGCCUGUGAGAAGGUGCUGCGCAUCAUAUGGCAUCAGGGAAAUGCAAAUUAAAACAGCAGUGCGAUACCACUACAGACUAUUAGAAUGGCCAAAAUCUGGAACACUGACACCGAAUGCUGGUGAGGAUGCAGAGCCACAGGAGCCCCCGCUCACUGCUGGUGGGAAUGCAGAAUGGUCCAGCCGCUCUGGAAGACACUUCACUGGUUUCUUACAAAACUGAACAUACUCUUAUCGGGCAAUCUAGCAAUUGUGCUCCGUGGUAUUUACUCAAAGAAGUUGAAAACUUAGGUCCAGAAAUCUGCACAUGGAUAUUUAGAGCAGCUUUAUUCAUAAUUGCCAAAACUUGAAAGCAACCAAGAUAUCCUUCGGUAGGUGAAUGGAUAGAUAAACUGUGGUACAUCCAGACAGUGGAAUAUUAUUCAGUGCUAAAAAGAAAUGAGCUGUCAACCAUGAAAAGACAUGGAGGAAACUUAAAUGCAUAUCACUAAGUGAAAGAAACCAGUUUGAGAAGGCCACACACUGUAUGAUUCCAACCAUACGACGUUAUGGAAAAGGCACAACUGUGGGGUAAAAAGAUCAGUGGUUGCCGGGGUUUGGGGGGAGGGAGGGGUGAAUAGGCAGAGCACAGAGGAUUGUUUAGGGCAGUGAAACUAUUCUGUAUGAUACUAUAACAGUUGAUAGAUGACAUUAUACGUUUGUCCAUACUUAGAGAAUGUACAACACAAAGAGUGAACCCUAAGGUAAACUAUGGACUUUGGGUGAUAAUGACGUGUCAGUGAAGGUUCAUCAGUUGUGACACAUGUACCACUCUGGUGAGAGAUGUUGAUCGUGGGGGAGGCUGUGCGAAUGUAGGGGUAAGUGGGUAUGGGAAAUUCCUGUACCUUCCUCUCAAUUAUGCUGUGAACCUAAAACUGCUGUAAAAGAUCAAGUCUGUUAAAAAAAAAAAUGAACGAGAAAGCUAAGUGGUUGAUAUUUCACCAACACUUACAUUGAGAAGGUGGUAAAAGGACAGGGCACUGGGCUAGAAAUCAGUGCACUAAGGAUAUGAGAUAAAUACCAGUGUUUUGCACUCUUGACAUAUGAACAACACCAGUGUGAACUUUUCAGAUGCUUAGACGCUGGGUUUCUGUAUCCUGUUCUUAGCACUUCAAUCCCCUCCAUGCUAGUUGCUGGGUUGCCUGAUUUCGCCUUUCUGUCAGUGCACCCAAACUCCCUGCCCCAACAAACAUUUUCCUGGGGGCUCCCCCCUCAGCACAUAUACCCAGUAAUCCAUUGGCAGAUGACAGAAAAAUUAGACAUACUUCUGAUGGUCAUCAAAAGGACUGGGCAAUAGCACUGGAUAUAUAAAAGAGAGAGAAACCCACAAAACUUGUUUCAGAAUUCAGAACAUGAAACCUCGGAAAGUAUGUCAGCUUAACAUACAAACAAAUAGCAGUAUGCUCUCUCCCUAUUCAGAUAGAAAACAAAAAAGAUUAUUUUGUUCCAUUUGGGAGAAGUUGAGUCCUAGAGGACUGGGGCCGGCCCCACAAAUGUUAAUAACAGACUAAGAUUACCGAAAGACACAGAGGAAAUCAUAGUGAACCAUUUUAUCUUCAGAUACAUUGAAGGAGAGUUAAUUGGGCAGAGGACAGCUUAGUAAUUUGCUUGAUAGAGAGUGACAUGAGAUGACAUUCUUCACUUGUGGGAGGGUGAUCAUUUACCUAGGUCCACCGCAAGAAUGUUGCGAGUGCCCCCUGUGGUUAUCCAGGGCUCACAAGCAUCAGGUGGGAACAGAAGGUGAGGGUUAUUCUAGCAGGUCUGGAGCAACUACUGGCAGCAGGGAGGAAUUUCGAGGGUGGUCUGGUGUGCCCCUGGGGCAGCAGUUCUCCAGAUACUGGUGUACGGUUUUCCUUGAUAGACCUUAGGAUUCUCCUACCCCUGCCAUAGAAGAGAAAGCAGACCCCUCUGGCACAUACCCCAGUACUGGAAAUAAAUGUACAUUGAUAGAAGAUUGGCCAAAUAAAGUAUGGUGCUCCUAGACAAGCCAUUAAAAAGGAAGAGGUACAUGCUUAUUUACUGACAUGAAAAGCUAUUUAUUAUGAAUUGAAAAAAAUUU